CUGGUCGGAGAGAGCUGGCCAGUUUCAGUGCUCAGAAGGUUCAAGGCUGUUUUGAAAGUCCGAUCCGACCCGCUUUCUGUGUAAAUAUAUGACCCCGGGCCGUGUGUGCGCUUCAGUCCGACAGCCGGCGGAGGGCUCGCCGGGUUUCUCGCUGCUGCUUUGCUGGUCAGUUUAGCUGCUUGGUGUCGUUUCCACGGGCUAGGCUAGCUCGCUAACAGCGCCGCCAGUCUGUUUUUAAAGCCUCGCUGAUCCGAGAGCUGCGACUCCCAGGCAGGAGAUGAAGAUCACCGUGGAUUUUGAGGAGUGUCUCAAAGACUCCCCGAGGUUCAGAGCCUCCAUUGAGGAAGUGGAAGGAGAUGUUUGUGAGCUGGAGUCCAAGCUGGAUAAGCUGGUGAAGCUGUGCAUCGGAAUGAUCGACGCUGGAAAGGCCUACAACACAGCAAACCGGCAGUUUGCGAACGGCAUCCAGGAGUUGGCGCAGCAGUCGGCCAAAGAUGAGGUGGUUGAGUCCAGUCUGACCAAGUUUGCAGAGAGUCUACAGGAAAUGAUCAACUACCAUGCAAUUUUAUUUGAACAAGCACAGCGCUCAAUAAAGUCACAGCUUCAGACGUUUGUGAAAGAGGACCUGCGGAAGUUUAAGGAGGCGAAGAAGCAGUUUGAUAAAGUGAGUGAGGAGAAGGAAGCUGCGCUGAUCAGGAAUGCUCAGGCACCACGUAACAAGCAGCACGAAGUGGAGGAGGCCUCCUAUAUCCUCACCGCAACACGCAAGUGCUUCCGUCAUAUCGUCCUGGACUACGUUCUCCAGAUCAAUGUUCUACAGUCCAAGAGACGGUCAGAAAUCCUGAAAUCGAUGUUGUCCUUCAUGUACGCCCACCUGACAUUCUUCCACCAAGGCUAUGAUCUGUUCAGUGAGCUCCAGCCGCUGAUGAAGCUGCUCGGGGGGCAGUUAGAUCAGCUGAUGGUGGAUGCAGCGAAGGAGAAGAGGGACAUGGAAAUGAAGCACUCCACGAUUCAGCAAAAGGCUGCUCUGCAGGACUAUUCGAAUGACGACACCAAGCUGGAGUACAAUGUGGACGCCGAGAACGGGAUCGUCAUGGAGGGCUACCUGUUCAAGAGGGCCAGUAACGCCUUCAAAACAUGGAACAGGCGUUGGUUCUCGAUUCAGAACAAUCAGCUGGUCUACCAGAAGAAGUUUAAGGAUAACCCCACAGUGGUGGUUGAAGACCUGCGGCUGUGUACAGUGAAACACUGCGAGGACAUUGAGCGCCGCUUCUGCUUCGAGGUUGUUUCCCCUACAAAGAGCUGUAUGAUGCAGGCUGAUUCAGAGAAGCUGAGGCAGGCGUGGAUCAGAGCGGUGCAGAACAGCAUAGCUACAGCAUUCAGAGACCGAGCAGAAGACUCUGAGAAACUGGACAGGAAAUCCUCACCGUCCACAGGAAGUCUAGACUCAGGCUCUGAGUCCAGGGAGAAGACUCUGAAAGGAGAGAGCGCCUUGCAGAGGGUGAUGACCAUCCCAGGGAACGGCACCUGCUGUGACUGCGGCCAGCCAGACCCCAAAUGGGCCAGCAUCAACCUGGGCAUCACUCUCUGCAUCCAGUGCUCCGGCAUACACAGGAGUUUGGGGGUUCACUUCUCCAAGGUGAGGUCACUGACGCUGGACACAUGGGAGCCGGAGCUGCUGAAGUUGAUGUGUGAGCUGGGAAACGGAGUCAUUAAUCAGAUCUAUGAAGCUCGGAGGGUGGAGCUAGGAGCUAAAAAACCACAACCGGGAGACCCCAGGCAGGAAGUCGAGUCGUACAUUAAGGCGAAGUACGUUGACCGGCGGUUCGUCAGAAGGCCGUCAGAUGAAGAGUUGAGGCUGAAGGUGGUUAGUUUGAGUAAACAAGAGAAACGCCUCAGCGACUGCUCCGAACCACCCAGAGCUCCGCCCUCAACGCCCAAAGCCCGCCCAGAGUCCGGUGCAUCAGCUGCGAGUGGUCUUGAAGGAGCCCGCCGCGAGUCGCUCUUCUGUGCUGAUGAGUUAGACUCUCUCUUCUCCUACUUUGACACCUCAGCCAGGCGCAGUAUAAAGAGUGCAGACAGCGGCAUCCCGAACAGCACUGAGGGCAGCCGAGAGAUACUGGCCGCUAGUCCGUCCACCAACAGUCUAAACGAUGCAGAAGUAGCAGAGCUGCAGUUGCCUCCGUGCAGCAGUAAGGAGCUGGUGGUGUUCUGCGAGCCGAAGGAAUACUCGCCCGGCCUGCAGCUGUACUGGGCAGCUUUCACCCGCAGCCUGCCCAACAUGGCUGAAGCUUUGGCCCACGGAGCGGAGGUCAACUGGAUCAACACGGAAGAGGAGAAGAGGACACCACUGAUCAUGGCUGUGCAUGGGGGCUCUCUGGUCACCUGUGAGUUUUUGCUCCAGAAUUCGGCCAACGUAAACCAGCAGGACAGCCAAGGCCGCGGACCACUACACCACGCCACCAUCCUCGGCCACACAGGGCAAGUGUGUUUAUUCCUGAAGCGCGGAGCCAAUCAGAACGUGUCGGACAUCGAGGACAAAACGCCGCUGUCCAUCGCUGUAGAGGCGGCUAACGCGGACAUCGUAACGCUGCUGCGGCUGGCGAAGAUGAACGAAGAGAUGCGGGAGCUGGAGGGGCCGUAUAACCCGACAGGUCAAUACUCCUCUAACAGCCCUACUGAGAUGCAGUACAGGAAGUGCAUAGAGGAGUUUAUUAGCAUACAGCUUGGGGAGUCCUAGCAUUCAGCCCGCGCCGCUCACCCUCACCAAAGCCUUUUAACGCGCUCAGAAAGACUCGCUGUGAAUCUGCACAGUCCCUUGUGCCGUUAGGUGUUAAAGGAGGUGCCCUGCUGGUGUUGAAGCAGCGCGCCACUUUAAUUACGGUGAAUUAUGGUCCUUUCUUACUGACUAAUGCCUGUCGAACACUCAGUGGGGUUAUUAUUAGACUUUUCCUCCUUCAGGCAGCCAGCCAGGCAAGUUCCUGCCUGCUAGGGCAGCAUUUGAUUCAGUUUGAUUCAGAUUUGGAGUCACUAGCAAAUGAUUCAGUGCAUCAGAUUUCAGAUUUCACUAUGAAUCAGUUCAGUUUGAAUCCUGGUGAAAUAGCCUAAUGACCUAUUGAAACUCAAGGCUGCGGACAAAUAGUGGAGAAAUGUGAAAAACGUUUAAUUUGAGUUAUUUUGGUAAGACUUGGUAAGGAUUAUCUUUAAAGAAAUACAUGUAAACAAGUGUGACCGUAGGAACUGUUUACACAGUACACUCAUUUAUUUUUUAUUUGUGUGUUUAUUCAUUCAUGUAAAAAUUCAAGUAAAUGUGAAAAAAAAAGUCCUAUAAUUUAAUUUUGCCCCAAAAAGUCCAUACUUUAAAAAAUAUUAUAAUUGAUUACUAUAUUACAAUAAUAAUCAUUAUUAUUAUUAUUAUUAUUAUUAUUAUUAUUACUGCUUUCCUCUGUCUAAAAUGUGACGUAGCUGUUGAUCACCGCUCUUUUGUCUCAUUGCAUCCACAUUUGUAGUAGCUUCCUUCUCACGGUGCAGAAUAUUGGGAGGAGAUUAUUAUAAUAAUAAAUAUAAUAAUAAUAAAUGUUUACCAAGGCUAGUUAAUGAGGACCGACUGCGCUGACUGUGCUGUUUAACCCUGUGACAGCUUAUUUUUGGUGCUAAUAUUGCUGAAAAACUCUGUUUAUUUAUUAUUAAUUUAAUCAAGGAAGCAACUAAUUUUGUUAAACCGAAUAUUUUUAUAUAAUAUUUUAUUGAGAGCAGGUUUUAUCUGAAAAAGAUUUGACGGUUGUUAAAAGCACAAACUGCUUUUGUCUGUAAUUCCAGCGUCACUAACAUUUCUUGUAACUUUCUGCAUGUGGGAGAAGUCAAAGUCUUUAAUGCUGCGCGUGUCAAAGAGACGCGUUUGAUUGUUUUCACCACGGGUUGAAAAUCACACCGUUCCCAACCGAGCAGGAUGGACCCGGUGAAACCACAGGGAUUUUAAAUCCGCUUCCAAACACACUGAGCACAGAACUCGAGUUCAGCUCGUCCCUCCAGCCGAAAAGUGAACACGUGGUUUGAGACAGAAGCUCAAAAUAAUCUUAUUUUCUCAAAUUUCUGAUGUAUUGAGUCAAAAUGAAUUACUUAUUUAAUAUGCAACAAGUGAAAUAUUUGCUUAUUGUGCUGAAGAAAAUACAAACUUUCUCUGCAAAUAAGAAUUUUUGGAAAAUAAUAAUAAUAAUAAGGAUUAUAAUCAUUUUUGACAGUCAUUAUUUCUAACUAAUGAGUCACAGUUUAAGCCUGAAAAAAAAGAAUAAGGACCCUUUUACCUCCUAUUUUUUGGAAACCUGAGCUAAACAGUUUAUAUUUGAUCAUAUGUUAAUUCUUAAGUCGUUCCCAGGUUCUUGUGUAUUUGCGUGGAAGUUCUUGAUUGAUAACCUGCUAAAUUGGCCGCCACCACCGACUCAGUGUCUGUAGAUUGUUGGUAAUAAGCAUCUCUUUUAGUAAACCUCAUGAACCCGACAAGCCCGGUUCCAGCCCGAAAGAAAGAAAGAUGCUUCUUUAAGUCUUCCCACCAGAUCACGUGCACAUCCCUGCGUGUAGAACCAGCUCUGCGUGUGCUACGGCGUUUCCCAUCACUGCAUAAAACAAGCACAAGGCUUUAAUGUUGGCUGCAUCGUGAGUGAGCUCGUUCAGUUCACUAAGCACUUAUAACUUUAAUCAGAAUAACGAUAAAGCACGACUGAUGAGUGGCUUACAGGCAAGGCAGGUUCAUUUAUAGAGCACCUUUCAUGCUCUGCUGUCACUCAAAGCGCUUUACAAAUGAGAAAAUACAGUUUACACGAUUAAAACCGAUUCAUAAGAGAAAAUCAUCCAAUUAAAAAUCAAAUGAGAAAUUAAUUGGGAUAAUUAAAAAUCUACUUCAAAGUUAAAAGUUAAAUUAAAAAGUGCCAUUAGAGAGGAAAAGGGUCCAGAAACACUAACAGUGGCUGAAAGCAGCUCAAACAGGAACGUUUUAAGGCCAGAUUUAAGUGUCAAGUGUUGUGGCUCUUAUAAUGCUCUCGGUCAGCUGGUCCCAUCGAGUUACAGUCCUGUUCAUCAUCAUCAUCAUCAUCGUUAACCGCUUAGUCCAGAUAGGGCCGCGGUGGUCCUGUUCAUGACUGUAUUUAUUUAUUAAUUUUUUUGCUUAAAAAUGUUGUUUGCAAGACAAACUAAUAUAAAAGAAGCAUUCUUUACAUGUGGGAAUAAACCUGAGUCUUGAUCUCAGGACUGAAAAUCGCAUCCAACUUGAAAAUGUAUCGCUGCUGUCGGAAGAAAACCUCGUAUCUCCAAAAUAGUAACUUUACAGGAGAGGGAAAAAACCUACUUUACUUUUAAUGGAAGUCAAUGGAACCAGACGUCUUUCCGAGUCAUCUU